AUGUACGGACAUGUCGACGAUGAGAUGGCGGAGGAGGGCGUUCAUGAAGACGCCCGGUUCAAAGGGAGAGCCAGUCAACCGUUGACGGACUGGCAGGACAACAAUUCGGCACCCCGGUACCCUAUCCCCAAGAGAGCUAUGGGCGCCGUCGAGAUCCCCAUGAUCGUCAUGAACCUGGGUCGAACAGAAAAGGCAUUCGGUAACAUCUCGUCUUUUCAAAAUAUCCUGGACACGGAGCGCAACACGAUCCCUUUCUAUCUCAAUCCCGAGAGCCCCUUCCGCAGGCCCAUCAUGUCUCACAGCGCUACGAGUCACAACGUUGUGUUGAAGAUCAUAGUGCCGAAGCGGACCGGUAGAAAGCGGAAGAGGGGGACUGACGGGCCGUGGGAGGGCAAAGUCGAGGUGGCCGACGUCUCCAGGCUGGGUUCGUCAGGGGAGCAGAUCUGCUCGAGGUCUCGGUUGGACAAUCCGAAGGUGUUACGGCGGAAAAUGCAGGACAACGUCGACAACUACGACGUUGAGGCUGUCGGCGUUAUCAAACACACGCAUCGCUUCAGAGGCAUGGCGGACUUCCACUGGGGCCUCGAGCACUCACCUUUCAUAUCCAGGUUUAUGAACCAGGUCAUGCCUGGCGACAUUACACAGAUGAGAGACUUCAAGUUCGUCGAGGGCGUGGAUAAAGGGCCUAACGUAGACAUCAUCCCGCCGCCUGUGUGGACGCCAAUGACACUGCCCUUCAUUUACAACUACUCCCAGAACCCUUACGUGCGCUCUGAGCUCGACCACGCCGGUCAGACUAAGCUCAUCAACACCCAGCUCCCGACCCUCAUCGGUUACUUUCUCAAGGCAGACCAAUACCCCAUCCCGGAUGGGCCGCAGACGCCCUACGACGGCACCGACGAGGAGGUAACGCACUGCAUCGCGCGCAUGCAGGAGGCGAUGCAGGAGCGUCCUAUUUGGACACGCCGGUCCCUCAUGAACAAGCUUGGAUCCAUCGUCCGCAAUGCCAACGUCAUGAAGCGCUGCGUCGGCUACGUCGGCUACCAGUUCCGCGGCGGGCCAUGGCGCGACGCCAUCAUCAAGUACGGCAUCGACCCGCGCACCGACCCGGCUUACCGGACGUACCAGACCAUGAUUUUCAAUAUGAGAAAGCUGCAGGCCGGCCACAUCGGCGAGACUUGGCACGCUAUCCGUAGCUUGCGUACCGAGCAGCGCCAGCCGCAGGGUGACAACCACGAAUCUCAUGUCUUUGACGGCAAGUCAUACUGGACCGACGGCAAAGUCUGGCAAAUUUGCGACAUCACGGAUCCACUCAUCGCAAGGCUCUUCGCUGAGGCGCCGCUACGGCCCGAGGUCGAUAUUUACAACAGCGGCUGGUACCACCAGGGCACGUGGGCCAAGGCCAAGGGCAUCAUGAAAACCAAGAUGAUUGCGAUUCAGUUCGGCCGCAAGCUCAGAGACGAAGACUUUUCUGGCAUCUUUGACGUGCGCGACACGACGCCACCGCCGGGCGCCUCGAGCGUCCACGUACCGCUACCAGACCUCGAGCUCACCGACGCAGAGAAGCGGGUGCUAUACGGUCGCCGCUUCAAGGAACCCAAGAAGAAGCGCAAGGGCACUGCCUACCGUGUCACCAAGUCCAACGGACCGCGAGGUGUGGCCGCUGCGGCGGCAGCAGGCAGUGGCGUGGGCACGCCAAACACGGAGACGGGCGCACAGGAGGAGCUCAUAUCUGCCGGCGAGGACAGUCUCGAGGAUGACAGUGAAGGUGACGAUGACGACGAAGAUGGCGUGCUUCCCGGCGAGGGGCGUGUGUUUGCACCUGUUCCUGGUCUCGACGAGGACAUGGAUGAGAUUGGGGAAGAGUAUGGCGAUGAAGACGAGGACGGGGUGGGCUAUGGCUAUGGCGAGGAUGCCGAGGGGUACAAUGAGACGCGUGUCUAUGAUAACGCGGGCGAGACACAUUCCAGCGUUGCAUAUGCGACAGAACAGCCUGGUCAAGCGGACGUGGACAUGGAGUCAGCCUAUCCCUCGGAAGCAUUGCCAUAA